UAAUUCCAUCCAUUCUUUAUUACACGCAGCUGUGUGUCUUCAACUGCCUCUCUUCACUCCCUCUAAACUUCUACUAUACACAUCACACAAUACCAUCUUUACAAACUGUCCAAAAUAUACACUUGCAACUUUAUAUGUGUAUUCAACCUUCAUUUCUCUCUAUAUUUUUACUUGAAAAAUAUGCAAAUCACAAGUUCUAAUCUUGAUUCACCCGCGAGUGCGUCUUUGAGUGGGAGGAGAAAUGGUGGGUUUUCAAGUUCGCCCGAAUUUGAGUUUUGGGUGACCCGAAACCCGGUUACUCAACCCGAUAUUGUACCCGCGGAUGAGUUGUUUGUUGAUGGGGUUUUGCAGCCUCUUGACCUUAUGAAACCCGACCCGGUAAAACCCACUUCGGAUCCGGAUGUACAGCCCGGGUUUGGACAUGGGUUGGCGGAAUCCGACCCGAAAACGGUGUCAAAACGGUGGAAAGACAUUUUUAAGAAGUCCGGCGACCGGAAAAUUAAGAACGAUGAGAAAGAGAAGAAGAGGGAGAAGAAGGGGAAUGGAGCAAAUGGGUUGUCUACGGCGGAGCUGAAUAUUAAUAUUUGGCCGUUUUCUCGGAGUAGAUCGGCCGGAAAUGGUGGAAAUAGGCCGGCGCCGGUGAGCCGGAAAAUCAGUAGCGCGCCUUGUUCGAGGUCUAAUUCAGCCGGUGAGUCGAAAUCGAGGAAGUGGCCGAGUAGUCCUAGCCGUGGUGGGGUCCAUCUUGGCCGGAAUAGUCCCGUUUGGCAAGUCCGGCGUGUUCCCGGUGCCAGCGUCGGCGUUGGUCGAGGCGGGGCUGAUGUAUUUACACGAAAUAGCGAAAAGGGUAUUAAAAAUAGCGAAAAGGGUGUUCAAAAAGAUGUAAAUCACCCUCGACGGAAAAAAUCGGUCGGCGGCGAUGUUGCCGGAACCGGCGACGGCGUGGUGAAAGCGAAGGUGUUAAAUGUGAAUGUUCCGGCGUGUAUUGGGUAUAAGAGUCAUCUGGGCUGUAGAAGUGAUGAGAUUGAGAGAAAUGCGGUGGUUGGUGGUGGCGGCUUUCUUACCGGCUCCAAGAGUGGCUCCGCCGUUCACGGUGGCGGGAAUAUCACCGGUGAAGUAGCACGUGGCAAUAGUAAUUUGUUUAAUCUCCGAGGUUUAUUCACUAAAAAAGUGUAUUGAGUUGAUGACUUAUAAAGCUCAUGAUUAGGAGAAAGUUAUAAGGCAGUUAAGCUUAAUUUAUAGUUUAAGCUAUGAUCUUUGGUUAUUAUAAUUCUGUUUUUCCAAGAUCAGAAUCAUGUAACUUCUUUACAUUUGUAAUUACAUCUUGUUAAUAUUAUUGCAUUUACUUUUGCGUU